AUGAGUUCUUACGAGAGCUAUGGCUCCAGCGUCGCCUGUUCUGGUACUGCACAGGUAUUGGAUACAGGGUCUGCAUCAACGCUACCCCAACUUGAUCUGGGCCAAGAGCCAUUGAUCAUUUUGUUUCUGAAGGUUAUUCAUAUUAUUGACUGUUGUCCUUAUCAUGAUACACACGAGCUACUAGCAGCACAUCGACAGUUAUGUGAUAACUUGUCAUUGCUAACUGAUAUUACUUCAUCGCACUCCCAAGACAAGGAGAGCUUUACGGCAUUUAUGUCAAAUAAUAGGUUAGACUACAUCAUGAACAAAGUGAUAUUUGACAGUUUUCUAAAUGGAGCAGUAGCAUACACCACAUAUAAAACUUUCCGACCAACACAUCAGCUCAUUGCUAUAUUGUUUCUGAUUUGUGAAUCGUGUCAGGUGACCUUCCAACGUGAACUUUUUCUUGAAUCAAUGACAAAAAUGAUAACCUUGAGAGCACAAAGUUUGGUUGCAAACCGGUUUGAUAGCAAUAGCGUAAUCGGUAGCUUAAUCGAGGAUGUAUUAAGUAAAAUUGCACCCGACCCAGAGAUUGCUGAGAUCUUGAAAGAGCAGUUGCAGCAUUGUUGUUCUUCGAAUGAAGCUAUAUUUCUUAUAUCAGAUAUUGCAGCAUUUACAACCAACUUGAACAAGGAAGCAAAUAUUGAUCCAGAAGACUUCAAUCAGCUAAAGAAAACAUUUGAGGAAAUCCUUGUCAUAUUAUUGACAAGGAAUUACAACGAGCUAGAGAGGGAUACUUACAAACUCAUCAGGGAUCGCUACAAUUCAUAUUUCCAUCACAUCAAUUUAAACACAGGUGUGUAUAGUAAUUCAUUGCAACAGAAUUCCGAUUUAUACCGAUACGAGUUUUCUAAUGGCGAUCACCAGCAAAACGUUACUGUUGAACAGGAGCCUCAAUCAAGACCAGCUAACAGUUGGGUUCCGAGCUUCCUAGAGGAUGACUACUACAACGAAAAUACAAACACUGUGCACCAUGUUGAGAUGUUUGAAAGGCCCACGAGAAACCCCUUCAAAAAGCUCUUUCGAAGGAGACCCCCAACAGACAAGAAACAACGAUGGCACCUCUUUCACCGGAAGCAACAAGAAGUCUAA